UUUUAAACCCUGCCCCAUCCCCGAUCUAACCACCGUGACGUCUCACUCGCUGGUUGGCUGUACGCCACCCGUUUGCGACGCACACCCCGGAAGACUUUUCGCCCAAUUUGUACAAGGGGUCGCCACUAGUUACCACAGCCACAAAGUCAUAAACCCCGCCUAUUUCUAAAAUUUAUCUUCUUCAAAUGUGAUUUUAAACCUAACGUUAACGCCACUGCUAACCUUAUUCCUAACCCUAAAUUGAGACCAAACGGCAAUUUUUUUGUUUUCAUGAAUUGUUACAAUAUAGACCGUUUUGACUUUGUGGCUGUGGCAUCUAGUGGAAACCCAGCACAAAUUGCAACAUUACCGAGCUCUCAUUCGUAACUAAAGGGUUCAGGACAACAACUAUCGACAAGCGACCCCUUCCACACCCAAUAUCUUCAAGCAGCAAUAUUCCCGUGAUCAAUUUACAAAGUGUCAGUCAAGGUGACAUUUGAUUAUACCGAUAGCGGAACUGGGUUUUGCGAAUUGGAAGUUAUCCGUGAGAUCAGUAGUUGACUCCGCAUUGAUGUUUCAGAUCAACAGGAUCUGCUGUAUAGGAGCAGGCUAUGUGGGAGGGCCAACCUGCAGUGUGAUCGCCCACAUGUGUCCAGAGAUCCACGUGACAGUGGUCGACGUCAACGAAUCACGGAUCAACGCUUGGAACUCCGACACACUGCCCAUAUACGAGCCAGGGUUGAAGGAGGUAGUGGAGUCAUGCAGAGGCAAGAAUCUCUUCUUCUCUACAGAUAUAGACUCUGCCAUCAGAGAUGCUGACCUCGUCUUCAUAUCAGUGAACACCCCCACUAAGACCUAUGGGAUGGGGAAGGGUCGUGCCGCCGACCUAAAGUACAUUGAGGCCUGCGCUCGCCGCAUCGUAGAGGUUUCCAACGGUUACAAGAUCGUCACGGAGAAGAGCACGGUCCCGGUCCGAGCGGCUGAGAGCAUCAGACGGAUAUUUGACUCCAACACCAAACCCAACCUCAACCUGCAGGUGCUGUCCAACCCAGAGUUCCUGGCGGAGGGCACGGCGGUGCGUGACCUAAAGGAACCAGACCGCGUCCUGAUUGGUGGAGACGAGACGGCGGAGGGUCAGAGGGCGAUCAGGGCGCUGUGUGGCGUCUACGAACACUGGGUCCCCAAGACGCGCAUCAUCACCACCAACACCUGGUCCUCCGAACUCUCCAAACUGGCAGCCAAUGCGUUCCUCGCCCAGCGUAUCAGCAGCAUUAACAGUAUCAGUGCUCUGUGUGAGUCAACGGGGGCUGAUGUAGAGGAGGUGGCUCUAGCCAUCGGGAUGGACCAGAGAAUAGGAAGCAAGUUCCUGAAGGCCAGCGUAGGUUUUGGUGGUAGUUGUUUCCAGAAGGAUGUAUUAAACCUGGUGUAUCUGUGUGAAGCUCUCAACCUCCCCGAGGUCGCUUCCUACUGGCAACAGGUGAUUGAUAUGAAUGAGUACCAACGGAGGAGGUUUGCGUGUCGUAUCAUUGACUGUCUAUUCAACACAGUCACAGGGAAGAAGAUCGCUCUGCUGGGAUUCUCCUUUAAGAAAGACACUGGAGAUACCAGGGAGUCUUCUAGUAUCUAUAUAUCUCAGUACCUGCUGGAUGAGGGAGCCAAGCUCCACAUCUACGACCCGAAAGUUCUGAAGGAACAGAUCAUCCUGGACCUCUCUCAACCACACAUCUCUGAAGACCCUAACAGAGUGUCCGAGCUGGUCACAGUGUCAGUGGAUCCCUACCAGGCCUGUCAGGGGGCCCACGCGCUGGUCAUCUGCACCGAGUGGGACAUGUUCAGGGAUCUGGAUUAUGAGAGGAUAUAUGACCACAUGUUGAAGCCAGCGUUUCUGUUUGACGGCCGUCGCCUGUUGGACCAACUUCACCCCCGCCUGCAGAACAUUGGCUUCAGAUUGAGACCAUCGGGUAAGAAGGUGACAUCAUCCGUACCCUACACACCAGCGGAGCUACGCCAGCAUCAACCCGAACCUCCGGCCAAGAAGGCCAAAGGACACACCCCCACUCAGCAUCAACCCGAACCUCCGGCCAAGAAGGCCAAAGCGACACCCCACUCAGCAUCAACCCGAACCUCCGGCCAAGAAGGCCAAAGUCUGACACACCCCCACUCAGCAUCAACCCGAACCCCGCCAAGAAGGCCAAAGUCUGGACACACCCCCACUCAGCAUCAAACACCCCACCUCGUGUCCAUUCUUCUCUACGAGGACAAUCAUUGA